CCCCCUUGGGGUUGCACGCGCGCAGCGGAUGGAGCGCGGCGGGCGGUGAGGCGGUCGCGCGCGCUGGGAACUCGCCCGGAACUCUUUUCUUUGUGCGUGGAUUGAAUUCGCGUCUUUCUUCGUGACAAGUUGAGCCACGCAGCGGUAAUAGGUUGAGCCUCCUCGUAGCCACGUCGUGCUGCUGAUGAGCAAGCACGAGGCGGAGCUCGUGACGUGGACUGAGCGGCCUGGAGCAGCGCUGCCGAUGCUGCGUCGUCUCGUGAGGAGUCGUCUCGUCUCCGCCGAUACCGCCCAACUCCACCGCAGCCACCGGGCUCGCACAGCCUCCGCGGCCGACUCGGCGUCCACCGCCGCCGCACCCAUGUCCACCACGUCCCCGUACUUCACCGCUGGUGGCCCUGUGGGGAUGCUGACCCGCAGCGGCCGGUCGGCCUGGGCGGUCUCGGCGCCGGAGCGAGCCUCGCCAGACGGCGGCGGCGGCCCCCGACGUGAACGUGGCGGCCGCCCCGGACGUUUCCCGCCCGUCAAAGUGGAGUAUGACGAGAGGGACCACGGCCACAUCGACGAACGCGUCGGCGAGACCCGAGUUGGCGCGACGGCUCGCAAGGAGCAGCUCAAGGAGGAGGAGGAGGAGGAGGUGAAGGUGAAGGAAGAGGUGAAGGAGGUCAAGGAAGAGAGGAAGGAAGAGCAGGAGGAGAAGGAGGGGAAGAGGAGGCAGAGGGCGGGAGGCCCGUGGGAGCCGCCCCACUGGAGGACUCAGCUGGACCACGUGAGGCGGAUGCGGCAGCAUCGCGACGCCCCCGUCGACCACAUGGGCGCCGAGAAGUGCCACGACGAAGACGCCGCGCCCGCGGUGCGCCGCUACCAGGUGUUGGUGUCGCUGAUGCUGUCGAGCCAGACCAAGGACCAGGUGACGUCCGCGGCGAUGGCGAGGCUCCGAGGCCACGGCCUCACGCCGCUGAACGUCGCCGGCACCGACGACGCCAUGCUCGGCCGCCUCAUCUACCCCGUCGGCUUCUGGAAGACCAAGGUGGGCUACAUCCGGCGCACGACAGAGCUGCUGCUGGCGCAGUUUGGCGGCGACAUCCCUCGCUCCGUGUCCGAGCUCGUCAAGCUGCCCGGCGUGGGCCCCAAGAUGGCCCACCUCGUCAUGGACAUCGCCUGGGACGAGGUGUCCGGCAUCGGAGUGGACACGCACGUGCAUCGGAUUUCUAACCGCUUGGGCUGGGUGCGCAAGGCCACGCGCACUCCUGAGCAGACGCGCGUCGCCCUGGAGGACUGGCUACCCAGGGAGCUGUGGAGCGAGGUGAACUGGCUGAUGGUCGGCUUCGGGCAGCAGACGUGCCGGCCCGUGGCUCCGCACUGCGCCGAGUGCCUCAACCGUGCCGUGUGCCCCUCGGCGCGGGCGCUCGCGACGAAGAAGAAGAAGGUGGUGGCGGCGGCGACAAAGCCCCGUGCCGGCCACACCAAGCGCUGAGAGUCACUCCGGCCGCACCGAGCGGUGAGAGCCGUCACGGCCACACCAAGCCCGGAGCGCCGGGCGGCGAUGCACCAAGCCCUGAGGCCUGGCCACACCGAUCGCUGAGCGCCGGGCGGCGGUGCACCAAACCCUGAGGCCUGGCCACACCGAUCGCUGAGCGCCGGGCGGCGGUGCACCAAACCCUGAGGCCUGGCCACACCGAUCGCUGAGAGUCGCUCCGGCCACACCGAUCGCUGAGCGCCGGGCGGCGAUGCACCAAGCCCUGAGGCCUGGCCACACCGAUCGCUGAGCGCCGGGCGGCGGUGCACCAAACCCUGAGGCCUGGCCACACCGAUCGCUGAGCGCCGGGCGGCGAUGCACCAAACCCUGAGGCCUGGCCACACCGAUCGCUGAGCGCCGGGCGGCGAUGCACCAAGCCCUGAGGCCUGGCCACACCGAUCGCUGAGCGCCGGGCGGCGGUGCACCAAACCCUGAGGCCUGGCCACACCGAUCGCUGAGCGCCGGGCGGCGGUGCACCAAACCCUGAGGCCUGGCCACACCGAUCGCUGAGAGUCGCUCCGGCCACACCGAUCGCUGAGCGCCGGGCGGCGAUGCACCAAACCCUGAGGCCUGCCCACACCGAUCGCUGAUCGCCGCUCCGGCCACACCGAUCGCUGAGCGCCGGGUGGCGAUGCACCAAACCGCGAGUCUUGUUCGCGGCACAGGCGAGUGCUCCUGCGUCAACCGGUGUGGGGGGGAGGUAUGGCCCCCAGAUGUCGCGAUGCUCCCCGGCAGUGGUCCGGCUGUCGGGGCCUCGCAGCAAUCCGCUUGCACAGCACGUGCAUAAUGAAGAGGGUUUUGUUUGAAUCGUAUCUAUGUGCGUACAGUGAAAGCUUGGAUUGCGAGUAACUUUGUCUGCGAGUGUUUUGCAAGACGAGCAAAAAUUUUAAAUAAAUAUUAAUUUGAUAAAUGAGCGAGUUUUUGCAUUACGAGUAGUACGUGUAUACGUUUUGUCUACCAAGCGUCACGUGAUCACAAGUGAUAUACGAGUGCUUUGAUGCACGAGUGCUUUGGAGUACAAACACGUGUCCGGAACGAAUUAUUCGCUCGCAAUCCAAGGUUUUACCGUACUCGUGUUGGAGUUUUUUCUCAGCGGACGUAACCAAACGCGCUAAUCGGAGGUGCGGGGGAAGGACGUGAAAGACUUGACAGGUUGGAGAGCGCGUGAUUCUAUAGAAAUAUCAACACGUCGCUAAACACGCCACCGCCCGGCGCGGCCGGCGAGCAACGGUUUUGCCGCGUGCGCCAAACUUGCGCCGAUUCGGUGCCGACUUGUCAACGCCACGGCGGCCGUGUAGAGUUGGAGACUCAAACCCCACGGCGGCGUUCGCGACUUGGUGACGUUCACGCCGAUGAUUGCGACGGCUGUAAGCAGCUUUGUCGGGCGAUUAGCCGGAACCGUGGAAAAGCCUCCUCCCCGCUUUCGGCCUUCAUUAUGGAUGCGCGAUCUAACCCAAGAAUAAGUAAUGUUGAAACGAAACUUUUUUUAAAACGCGCUUUUAAGAAGUGUACCGGUAAUGGUAGAACUCCACGACUCCAGGAAGUGGCCCCGAAGCUUGUCAUGACGUAAGGCACCGUGGCCAAUUACAGCCAAUGUCAGUUGAGCGUGGACAAUUAGACCCAUAUAUAUUUUUUUAAUGAUAGAAUAUAGUGUUGUCACCAGCAUGACAUAAGUAUACCAAGUUUGCAGUCGAUACCACAUUGGGAAGUGGGUUAAAAUUGAGUUACAAGAUUUGAGGAUACGACAACGACGACAACAACAGAGUGAGUUAAGUGAAAGCGUGUAACAAUAAAAACACCUCUUUUAGUUCUAGAUUUGAAGCUUUCGUGACUGCAAGGAUUCAUAUGCUUAGGUUUUUUCGGUAAAGUCA